ACAAACAAAUAAAGACAUUAUGUUUCACGACAUGCACUAUAAGUAUAGGUACCCCGUCAACGUUCUCAUCCACCAUCACUUCUUUUCUCUCCUUUUCCUCAUUCACACCAUUACACAACCAUCAUCCAUCCAUGGCUGCCACCAAAGUUUACAUUGUUUACUACUCUACGUACGGACAUGUUGAGAAGCUAGCUGAAGAGAUUAAAAAAGGAGCGGCUUCUGUCGAAGGAGUAGAAGCAAAACUGUGGCAGGUACCUGAAACACUUCCAGAGGAUGUCCUUGGGAAGAUGGGAGCACCUCCUAAAAGUGAUGUGCCGAUUAUUACACCGAAUGAGCUAACUGAGGCUGACGGUUUGUUGCUUGGUUUCCCGACAAGAUUUGGAAUGAUGGCUUCUCAAUUUAAAGCAUUCCUAGAUGCAACUGGAGGACUAUGGCGCACACAGGCACUUGCAGGAAAACCUGCAGGAAUCUUUUACAGCACUGGUUCUCAAGGAGGUGGCCAAGAGACUACCCCGUUGACAUCCAUUACCCAGCUUGUUCACCACGGUAUGAUUUUCGUGCCAAUUGGCUACACAUUCGGUGCUGGGAUGUUCGAGAUGGAGAAUGUGAAAGGUGGAUCCCCGUACGGCGCAGGUACCUACGCAGGGGACGGGUCGAGACAGCCUACCGAUUUAGAAUUGGCUCAAGCCUUCCAUCAGGGGAAGUACUUUGCUGCCAUUGCAAAGAAGCUGAAAGGAUCUCAGUGAUUUUCAUAUACAUAAAGAGUGUUGUGUUGUGCUUCUCAUUCAGUUUCAAGUUCCUAUAAUCUCCAACAGAAUAAGAAGUUAAUUGAAAGUAAACAAUUACAGUGUUGUUGUUAAUAACAUGAAUUUGGUAAUUGUUACCUUUUUCUUUGAGAUCAAAGUAAGCAAUUGAUGCUUCUUUGAUACAUGUUUUUUAUGUGAUGUUAUAGUAAAAUGUGUGUAUUUUUUUUACAUUAUGGUUUUUCUAUCCUCAUUCCAACUUAUAAUAUUAAGUUUUUAUUGA